AACUCGCGGAACGCGACAUAAAAAAUGUUUAUGUAAUUUCCAUCAAUUGUUGUACUGUCUUCCUACACGUACGUGUGCGUGCAUGCAGAGUUCUUAGGACAAGUGCAUCGAAGGAAAAAAAUACCAAAAUGACGAUGAUUGGAUCGGGAUCGAAUUUCCAUUCUAAUCAGAAGACCUCGGACCUUGUCGGGGUGGUGACGGUGCUGUGCACUGUAUUUGUCACCCUUAAAAUCAUCCUGGAGUGGAGCCGCAGACCUCCUGGUCCGUGGGGACUUCCGGUCGUCGGACACCUGCCAUUUCUCGGAUCUCGUCCAGUGGAAAAGUUCCGAGAGUACCAGAGACAUUACGGAGACGUGUUUUCUCUGCGAUUCGGCAUGUGGCCCACGGUUGUAAUAUGCGGUAAAGACACCGUGAAAACAACACUCACGCGUGACUCUGACAGCUUCGCUGCACGGCCACCGUUCUUCUCGAUCAAGAGUCUGAACGACAUGAAGGGCCUCUCUUUUAGUGGCUUUGACGAGAGAUACCUACAGCACCGGAAAAUCGCCAGUAGUGUGAUCAGGGAGUUUAGUAGCUACGAUCAUUCAGGGAUGCAUGAAAUUUUUAGAGAAGAGGCUGGUAUCCUUGUCUCCAACUUUCUGGAAGCUAAAGGCAAACCUUUUAAUCCCAAAUCGGAAAUUUACUUGGCAACUGGUAGUAGUAUAUACCAAUUUUGCUACGGAAAAGGCGAGAACAUACGAGAAGAUCCAGAUUUCUUAAAAGUGAUGAAUGAUCAAGCUAUAUUCCAGGAAUUCUUCACUGCUGGAAAUUAUUUCGAUGUUUUACCUUGGUUACAAUACGUUUGUCCAGGCCGAUUCAAUAGAUUUUUAGAAUUAACUAAUCACUUCAAGAACGCUCGCAACACUCAUGAAAUUGAGAUCAAGAAUACGUUUGAUCCAAUGCACACCCGGCAUGCUAUGGAUGGUCUUCUGAACGCUUGUUUGAAAUACAACAUCACAGAUUUACCUAACGAAGUUGGUCUGACGAAAAGCCAGAUUUUAGGCACACUGCAAGACUUUUUUGGCGCUGGGUUCGAAACGACCGCAACAACACUAAAUUGGGCUCUCAUGUAUCUCGCUGAAUAUCAAGAUGUGCAAUUGAAAAUCCAAAAAGAACUAGACGAAACCAUAGGGAGGAACAAGGUCAUAGCAAUAUCGGAUAGAAAUGUUUUACCAUACACGGUGGCAGCAAUAUCAGAAGUUAUGAGAUUAGCACCAGUAGUUCCAAUGGGGAUUCCACAUAUGACAACAACUGACGUAUUUGUGAAAGGAAACCUGAUAGAGAAAGGGACCGUUGUAUUCUUUAACAUUGCUUCUGUCAUGCACGACGAAUACUGGGGUAAUCCGUUCGAAUUCCAGCCCGAAAGGUUUUUAGACGACAAAGGUUGUCUUAUUAAAGAGAAAGUGGAUAACGUGCUUGCAUUCAGCGCUGGGAGGCGUAGUUGUAUCGGGAAAAUGAUGGCCCAGUCCGAGAUAUUCUUCAUGUUGGCGCACCUUCUGCAGAACUGCAGUAUUGACAAGCCUGAAAACACUCACUAUGACUUCAAUGGCAAUUACGGCUUAAGUUACUCUCCUAAAGAAUAUGAAAUAUGUGUUCAUCCAAGAUAAAUAAAAAAAUUACGACACCGUUCACCAUAAGCUACGGUUCCCAUUAAGUUUAAUCAUUUAUGUAUCGAUGUAAGUCAGAAUGUGAGAAUUAUUUACUGUGGUGCUUGUAUCUGGAUAAUACAACACGUACUUUCUGUAUACUUUAAUUGGUGAAUAUUAGAAUAACCAUGGUGCAUAAUAUUUGUAAAACAAAUACAUGUACAGUAAAACACGUUUAUAACGAAGUGCCAGGGACAAGCAAUUUUGUUUUGUUAUAAGCUUAAUUCGUUACAUUCAUUAAGUUUAGAUCAUGUAAUAAAGUCACGGGGAAUGAAAAUCUCUCCGCUGGUAGCGUAAAUUCACUAUUAUAAGCGUAUUUGCUAUAACCGUGUUUUACUGUACAUUGAAUACAUCUUAUCAAAAUUAAAAUGACCUAUGAAGAAACUGGUCUUAGUCAUCACGUUGUGCAGGGGUUAUAUCUGUUGUAGGUAAAGCAGUGAAUUACAACUUACUUACUUAUAUCUCUGCAUGCAUCCAUAGACGUACAUUUUAAAAUGCUUAACCUCUCUAUUAUUUCUAGUCACGAGCAAGAGCAACCUUUUAGCAGAGCAAACUUUGAGCACAACAGGGUUGUUAUUUUACGCAUUCGUUGUUUAAUAACAUUGAAAUGAUAUAAGAUAUAUUACAUAGACAAACUCAGUCAUACAAUGUAACAAUACUAGUAAUCCAUACGUAAGAAUAUUUCAAAAAGAUAAAACUUGUGCAAAAAUGUCUCUUUAGAUGAGGUUGAAUAACAUGUAAUACCAGUAAGAAGAGAUAAAGAAAGUUUAAUCGAUCGAUCUAAAGAAAAGCACAAAAUUGUCGAGUAAAUAUCAGCAAAUUACUGUCAUUAUCAAUCAAAUAGAUUCUAUAUAUAUGCUGUAUUAUGUCAACUUUAUUUAUUUCUGGUUGUGUACAUUUUGUAAUGUGACAACAUUGAAGCAAGUUUUGUUAUGAUAUUUGUACAGAAAAACUGAUGAAAACAGCAAUUAAAAUAUUAAAAUAUUA